CCUCCCCUCGCUUCCCCUCCAUUGUGUGAGGCUUUGGUGAAGGGAUUGACAGACACCGCAUGUAUUGCUGGAACUGCCAAUGAUUUGGAAUAAUACUGAUAUAGGGUAGCGGUGUGUGUGGGCACACCGCCCUGUCAGCACAGGAACAGGAUGUGAUGUCAUGCCACUAGCAGCUCCCGUGUUCUGUCCAGCUUUGUCUUUUCACGAGUGGGGGAGCCUCCCCUCCCCACUCCCCCCUUCCAAAGACGGGAUAUGUUUGAAGUCAAACCCCGGGCGGUGGACAAGAAAGAGUCAAGCACGGAGACAGACGAGGGGCUGGGGAGCAGCGGGAGGAAUUAUGGCUCCGGCUCAGUGGGCUCCGGUUCGGCCGGUUCUGGCUCCGUGUACCUGUCGGACAGUCAGGACUGGGUGGUUUCCCCGAGCUGCUCCCCGGAGGAAGGUCCCGGGAACAGCGCCAUCUCCCCCAUGCUGGCCGAGGAGACUUUCCGCUACAUGACAUAUCUUGCUUUGGAACCCCCUUCUUAUUCCCACCCAGGCUCUCAGAGCCUCUCCAAAGUCCUCAGUGCCGAUCGAGUGGAGCAGAUGACCAAGACGUACAAUGACAUUGAAGUGGUCACACACCUUUUGGCUGAGCGGGACAGAGAUUUGGAGUUGGCAGCUCGGAUUGGUCAGUCACUUUUACAGAGGAACCACCUGCUACAGGAGCGAAAUGAGGCCUUAGAGGAGCAGAUAGCACAGUCUGUAGAUCAGGUUCAUCAGCUGCAACAUGAGCUCAGUAAGAAGGAUGAAUUGCUGCGGAUGGUGGCCAGCGCCUCUGAGGAGAGCGAGACUGAUUCCAGCGUGUCCACCCCACUGCGGCAACCUCAGCCGCUGGGGGGAACCGCCGCCGCUGCACUCAGUCAGCUGGAGUCCCUGCAGAGCAAGCUGCAGGAGCUAGAGGAAGAAAACCUGGCACUGAGGACUGAGGCUUGUCAACUCAAAAGAGACACCAUCACCUAUGAGGAGAAGGAGCAGCAGCUAGUGAGCGACUGUGUCAAAGAGCUCCGUGAGUCCAACAGCCAGAUGGUUUCGUUGACUGAAGAGCUGUCUCUGAAGAAUGAGGAGCUGCUCAGACACCAGGAGGAAAUCGCUCAGCUGCUUUCCCAAAUAGUCGAGCUGCAACACAGAGUGAAGGAGCUGGCUCUGGAGAAAGAGGAGCUCAGGAUCCACCUGCAGGCCUCCAAAGAUGCUCAGAGACAGCUCACAGCAGAGCUCAACGAGCUGGCCGAGAGGAAUGCUGAGUGUGUAGAGAUGCUCCAUGAGUCGCAGGAGGAGAUCAAAGAGCUGCGCAGUAAAAACAGCCCCUCAGCUGGGAUGCGCCGGCACCUUCCCUAUGGCCUCUACCCCAUGGAAUCCUUGGCAGCAGAGAUUGAGGGAACUAUGAGGAAGGAGCUGAGUAUAGAGGAGGAGACCGCCUUUCAGGACCAAAGAAUUUCCCAGAAGCGAGUCUUCCAAACAGUCCGCUCUGUUAAUGCCUCAACACUACGAUCAGCUUCAGCAAACCCGCCAAUCCCUGGCUCCGGACAGAGCUCUCUGGUGAUGACAGCGCAGCCGUUUCAGUCCACACAGGGGGAGGAGGGCCGAGUGGGCCAGCCUGGUUGUCCGGGAGGAAACGACCUCACCAGAGCGCUCCACCGCCUGUCGUUGCGCCGCCAGAACUUCCUGUCCGAGCGACAGUUCUUUCAGGCGGAGCGGGAAAAGAAGGUGCAGGCCCUGGCGGAAAUGGAUGGAGAAGGCAGUGGCUCCAGCUCACCAAUGGGCAGUGCGGUCUCCUCUUUCUCCAACCUGUCGGAUCUCUCCAUCACCUCCACUGUUUUUAAGACUUUCCUGCCUGAGAAGCUCCAGAUCGUCAAACCCAUGGAAGGCUCGCUGACACUGCACCACUGGCAGCAGCUGGCCAAACCUCACCUGGGAACCAUCCUGGACCCACACCCUGGAGUAGUGACUAAAGGUUUUCGCCCAUUGGCUCAGGACGCUGUGUACCACCUGUCUGACAUGGAGGAGGAUGAAGAGGAUGAAGAAAAAGGAAGGAAUGGUAUCCUGGAGAAAGGAGCAGCAGAGCGGAGUAAGGAGGAGGAAGAUGAGGAGGAGGAGGAAGGCGGAAUCACCUUCAACGUGCGCUGCUCAUCUACACCCGAGGAGAAAAAGGACAGAAAGCAUGUGGUAUCAUCUGUCCCCUUGCCGCCUCUCUCCACUGGGAGUCCAGCUGCUUCCUCCUCCAUCAGGUCAGACUUCUGCCCUACACCCCUUCACGCCAUGGAGAAACCCGGCCAAUCGCCUCAGCCCAUUCCAGGAGCCUCUGAAGCAGGAGUCCAAUCACAAAGCCAAACCUUGACAUCGACAGCAGUAUCUUCCUCUGUCCAAAACCCAGGGAAGUGUCAGAGCUCCACCUUUUCCACCUACACCUUCACUACCUGUCGCAUUCUGCACCCGUGUGACAUCACACAGGUCACCCCAAGUUCUCAGUCAUCUCACAUGGCGAACACGCCUAGCUCCAUGAGGACGGGUCCCAGCACCCCUGUGACUCCCUGCAGACUCAGUCUGGGUGACUCCUUCCCCCCUCGACGUCUGCCCGCACCCCCCAGUGGCCUGACCAAGCUGGUCCUAGAGAGGGGUAUUUCUGCACAAGUCUCCAACCCUCCUCCAACCCCGAGACCCGCCCCCCGGCAGCCCCUCUUUCAGCUUCUGCCAAGCACGCCCCCCAACUCGCCCUCCCACUCUCCUGCCCCCUCCCCAGUGCCUAUGGAGCCCCGCCAACACCCAGCUGACAAUUUCCUGGCCUCACGGCCCGCAGAGCUUUUUCUCCAAGACGUUUACGGGUUGAACCUGGGCCGCGCUCCGCAUCCUGACCUACCAAGCCCAUCCCAAGAAACCCCAGCCCUCAUCUCAUCCACCAAAUCAGGCAGAUCCAGGCCCGACCCGGCCAGCGUUGGUUUGGUGGAGAAGCUCCGGCAGCUGGGAUUCACUAAGGUGUUGCAUGGUUCUGAGUCCGAUGCUUCAAUGCCACGCCAGGAUUCUGCCACAUUUGUGUCAGCAAGUGGAGGGAGCCUUUUAGAUGGCCUGAGGCGCAACCAGAGCCUCCCGGCUAUGAUUGGUGCCCGAGCUGGAAAGUCAGCCGGUCACCCAGCUCCUCCUCCUCACCCCAGGACCCUGGCUAUCCCUCCACCUCCAUGGGGGAACCUAAAAGAAAGACGGCGGCAUCUUGCCUCUAUCUCCUACCCAAGUUCGGCCAAACGUUGAACUCAACAGAACAUCAGUCCCCUCCUUUAUACCGCCACCACAUCUCUCCUCCUUUCUGCCUUUGGAGAGAGAAGUCAGGGCACCGGUGGGCAGAACAAUCCGUCCUUUUUUGGGACUUAAUUUUAAAGCACAAUUUAAUGAUAUUGACUGUUUUUAGCCACCCUGCAUUGUCUGUGUAUGUGGAUGUCUGCCAUGCUGAUAGUUAAAAAGGCCUUAGCUUGCCUCUGAAUGGGUCAUCCUCUUCUCAGUCUUAUAUUAAAUAGACUCAGUAGUUCUCCGGUGAGGCUCUAGAUAUUAGGCAUGGGUAGAGGAGGGCAAGAAAGGAAAAUGUAAGUGUACGAAGGUUUGUGGAAGUUGAUUAGAGAAAAGUAAAAGAAGAAGGGAAAGAAGGGCGAAAAGGGUGUCAGUAUGUUUAUGUCAGAAGACGGGGGUUCCGCCAUAUCAGUUAACAUAGGGGGUUCAAGCAGCCCAGGCUGGAAAGAAGGCAUUUUUUUCUCUCACAUUUUUCAUAGAAAGAGUUCAGGAAAUUGAUAUUGUUGGAAGUUUCGGUUAUUGAACCAUUAGCAUACACUAGAAGAAUGCUAUGGGCAAAAUUAGCUUUACUGUAAAAAAACAAAACAAAAAGUCAUAAAUUUGUUCAGUUCGAUUCAGUUUGUACAUAUUAACAAUAUUGUGUGCAAAGGUUUAAACAUACAUGUACAUAUUUUUGUCUACAAACAUAAAUAAUUAUUUUGGCAUUUACCUGCAUUCAUUCCUAUUCAUUGAGGACUGUGCCAUGAGCGCCCCCUGCUGCAGCUGUAAUUGAAUUGCAAGCAGUUUGUGUACAGUAGGAUUAAAAGGAAACACACCGUCUCCCGUUGACCGGCUGUGACACACCUGUGCACACAACAGGUAACGAGAAACUGAAGAGUUUAUUUUUGGCUUUCCAGCUUUUAAAAGCGAGAGCACCAAUCAUGCUAAACAUCAUUAGCGUAGAGUAAAAAAGCCUAGUGGUUCUGUUAUUAGUGGACAUAGGUGGAUGGAUACCAACUAGAAAGUAAAACAAUUAAAUUUGAACAACUUUUUUCAGGCUGUGUAAAGUGGUUAACAGUAACAGUAGGCUAAUGACGUAUUAGCUAAAUUAAUAUAUGUAGCUGUUGUGUAAAAACAAAAAUAUCUGGCGUUUAAGGAGCUCGUAAUACACUGGCGGAAACCCUAAAAGAUGAACGAAGAAGAAAAUAAGGGCGAGGGAGUAGGGGGGCUUCUGGGGUCUUGCUGUUUCAAGGGCUUGUCAGUUAUAGGAGAACAUCCUGCUAGCUCAUAGCGUGGCAGUUGCUUUCUUGACUUCAGAGAAGAGUACAAGCGAUCUAACUUAAUACUUGAGGACAAGCUUGGAGACUUCAACCACUCGCUGGUUUAGCAGCUGAACAUGCCAGUAUUAUGAAUAUUGUAACAGUUUUACAGUGUUGCACGGAUGUCCAGUGACCGUCCAUGCGCCAUGCCCAACGCCUGCAUAAACACCACCUUGUCUGCUGGUCCCAGCAUGCACCUGUUGGCAGACAGGUGGGAUGAAGGCAAAGACAAAACCAAAUGGGACAUCAGGCAAAAAACACGAAUAGGGUGAAUCUUUUCCUUCAGGUCUUUGUGUUUUGCCUGUUUGUGCGUGUUUAUGUUUGUGUGUUUUUAAUGGUAUCAGGCUGUAUGUGGAAACUAGCACUGCUCUAGUUUGAGUUCCUUUUUUAAGUUGUGUUUGGACAUGAGUUGCACUUAGUGGGAUUAAGAGGUUUAAGGAUCACUGCUUGCUUUGACAACAGAUGUUCAGGUUUGAGCUGUAAAGAGGGAAUAAAAACACUAAUUUAUUAUUUUAGCUGUUAACCUAAUUCAGAUUUGUUUCAAGGGUUCUUUGCUUUAAAAAAAUAUGUUUCUCCUUUAUCUCAUGGAUAUAUACAGUUUGUGUAUCGGCCAGCAGGUGGGAGUGUUCUGUAGGAAAACAUCUGACAUCAUUCUGUACAUGCUACAUGUGACACGCUAUAGCAUUAAAAAUGAGGAAACUUAGAGCUUUGUGCUUUAUCCCUGUGACCCUUCAGUGCUAUUGUUCCCAACCAGACCUUGCCCCGCCCCCCAUCUCCAGUAACUGCACUUUUAGUUUUUUGUAUUUAACCUUUAUUUUAUUGACGAAAGAGUUUGAUCUACAUAAAUAAGAGACAUUUAGCAUAAUUGUGAGUGUUGUAACAAUGUCAGCUAACAUUUUGCCAUAACAUCUUUGAAUAAGUAGGAUUUUGUUGUGCUUUUCACAUGAAGGGAAUCCAAACUCAGUAUUAUUCUUAAUUUUGAAUAUUCUGGCUUAUACACGUGUUUGUGAUGCAUUUAGCAGCUAAUUAACAAUAAUGCUUUAAAGGGCAACAAGAGCUUCAGCUGAAUGUUUAAUAGGAAAGCAGGACUGCAGAGAGGAAGGAAGGUACAUUCAUAAAGUUGGAUAACUUCCAUCCCCUUGAAGCAGGAGGUUCUCGGGCUAUAAGAGAAAAUGUUCUGCGAUUCCUUCAUGUCUCAUACCUAUUAUUCAUGUCUGUCUUUUUAAAUAAAUAAAUAAAAAAAUA